AUGGAUUGCAUUGAUCUCACUUAUGGCUUCUUCUUAGUCAGAUUCUACUUCAAGGAUGAUUUAGAGAGGGUGAUCAAGAGGGGCCUGUGGUUCAUCGGAGACCACUUCCUUUCAUUGAGACCGUGGGAGCCGUUUUUCAAGCCGGCGAUGGCAAACGUUUCUCUAGUUGCUGCUUGGAUCAGGCUUAAUGCGCUUCCCAUCGAGCUAUACGAAACAGAGGUUCUUAAGAAAAUUGGUGACUCCAUUGGCAAGGUGCUACGGAUUGAUUCACAUACUACAUUGGAGGCGCGUGGUAGGUAUGCUAGACUGUGUAUCCAGAUUGAUAUCAACAAGCCGCUUGUUAACAGCAUUCUAAUUGGCCGGUUUGAGCAAGUGGUUACUUAUGAGGGAAUCCAUAAGUUGUGUUUUUCGUGUGGCAGAGUUGGGCACAAGAUUGAAGCUUGCCCAUACACUAUUCGCAAGGAUAAGGAAAAGGAACCGGAAGCUCCGAGGAAGGAAACUGCAGAUGAAGGUAGCGCUGAUCUGCAGAACUUGCACGGCGCUGUCACGCACAAUGCAUGUGAGGCGACGGACGUGGAGGGGCACUACGGUCCGUGGAUGUUGGUGAGUAGGAAAGGUAACGGACAGAAAGGGAAAAGGACAGAAAAUGGUACUGGGCGUGGGUCAGGAAUUUCAGGCAGCUCGGCAUGGUUGCCCUCUAACCAUCUGCCUCCAGUUUUUGCGGAAGCCGCCUCUCCAUGUGUGGAAAGUUCAGAGAAGAAAAUCACUAACCCGCCCCUCACCCAGCCGUCCGCUUCUUGUUCUGUUUCCAACAUUUCCGCUGGCACCACUUUUGAAUUCUCGGCGACUACCAAUGUCAAGACCGGAUCUUUUGUUGGUAGAGAAAAUGAUCGGAAUCUGCAAAUCCAAGCUACCGGAGAGAAGAGUCACGCCGAUGAGCACAUGGAGUUCGAUGAAGGAGUUCAAAUUUCUUCCCAGAGCUCAGAUAGUGAAGUUGGGAGCCUUGUUGAAGUUCAUAUGGUGUCCGAUGGUGGAGGCCUUGUUGAAGAUCGCAUGGUGUCCGAUGAGGGAAAUGGGGCUGCUCCUUUUCUCUAA